AUGGCAAAGACCAAAGGCAUCAAGACCAUCAAGCCAGGCUCUUUGAAGACCAAGGAGACCUCUCCUCUGCAAGCCAAUAAGAUCACCACUCACAGGACCAAAAAAGCUGCUUCACCUGCUGCUAAAAGGACCACUGCCGCAAAGUUCCUUGCCCUUCAGAGGACUGGUGAUGGAGAGUUCUGUGAGAGGACACUGCAGAAGACACAAGCCCUCAAGCAGAGCACUAAAGACGAUGACAUGAGAGCCGUCAUUGUGCAGUCCAAUAUUCCCCACGGCUCGUUCAAGGGACAGAUCAGCCAUUACUUCAGGCAGUUUGGAGUACUGGAGAAUGUCAAGCCUGGAUGCAGCAAGAGGACUGGCCAGAGCUAUGGGUAUGCAUACAUGGUGUUCCAACACUACGAGGUGGCAAAGAUCAUGGCUGAGGAUAUGAAUGGAUACCUCACCUUUGCCAAGAUCGUGAAAUGCAGCCAUUCUUCCUAA